AGGCGACCAAGCUUGGCGGGUGUAUACGCGUCACGCGUUCUGCAUCCAGUUCCAUAACACCAAAAUUCUCUUCUGAUUUCCCCCAAAUUCCCAAACCCUAAUUCAUUCAAUUUCUGCUUCUUCUCCUUCCUCCCGCCGCAUCUCUCACUGAAACAAUCAUGCUGUUAUCCCCAGGCCACUCGCCCCGCCACCUCUCCACGCCUUCCCCCGCCCCUUCCGAUGCCAACCUUAACCCUAAUUCAUCCGAUCUCAACUCUUCAACGCCCGAUUUCGCCACCCGAAAGCGCCGCCGUGGGCCCGCCGUUCUAGACGAAGAUGCGUACGUAGCCGCAAUCGAGAAGAUCAUCGAGCGAGACUUUUUCCCUGACAUCCCCAAGCUGCGCGAUCGCCUCGAUUGGCUGCAGGCCAUUCGCAGCCGUGACCCCGUGCUCAUCCGCGAUGCCCAGCUCAAGAUUCUCGAGCGCCGCCGCAUCCGGAAGGGCGAAAAGUCCGCUGCCGAUGCUUCGCUCCGCUCCGCUACAGCAACCCCGGGUUCGUCCUUUCUACGAAAUAGUUCGAUUACUCCGUCCUUAUAUAAUGAGCAUAAAGAGAAUCUUGCUAGUGAUAAAAUUGACGGAGGUGAUGAUGGAGGGGAAGAGCAAGUGGAUGUUUCCGUGUCGCUUGAUGAGUUUUUUAGGAGGUACACGAGUGAGGACAAUGAGAGCUUUUCGAAGCUUGUAGAGAAAGUGAAUCGGAAGAAGAAGGAAAAGUAUGGGUAUUUGUUGGAAUUUGAUUCAGCUGAGGGGAAUUCCGGGAACAAGUUGAUUGAGGAUGGGAAUAAACGGGAGAAAAGUAAUACCGAUGGCUAUGGAACAUCGGAUCAGCCGGUGAGUACGUUGGAAGGGUGGAAAUACACAGCCAAAAACUUGUUGAUGUAUCAUCCUGCUGAUAGAGGCGAGGUGCCUUUGACCGAGGAGGAGAGAGCCUUGAGGCUGAAGGCGAUGACAAAGGAGAUUAGCAGACCAAAUACGAGAUUCCAUGCAAAAGCUAUGGAUGCUGAUGAAGUGCAGGAUGAUGACUCUGUUGUUGUGCUUUAUGCACCUGUUGCUGGGGGUACUCCAGUUGCAAUAAGCAGUAGAGAUAUUGAUAAAGUGAAGAGGUAUGAUUUGGAGGAUUUGAAGAAGACCCCAAACAGAUUCUAUGCAGAAUCUGAGAAGAAGGCAGAUAAUGGAUAUAGUUUUGUGAAAACGCCAUCCCCAGCCCCGGGGCUUGAUGAGUCGCCUCUUAUAACCUGGGGUGAAAUUGAGGGGACUCCCCUGAGGUUGGAGUCAGAGGACACACCGAUUGAUAUUGGGGGUAGUGGGAACGGGCCACAGUUUAAAAUUCCGAUGCCCCCUUCAAGGGAUAUGAAAGCACAUUCUUUGUCGAGGGAGGCUGCAAGGAAGCUCAGGGAGAGGUCAAAGAUGUUUCAGAAACCACCACUGCAUUCACCAGUCAGAGGAGGAAGCGCAAGUCCAAGUGGACGGAUACUUUCACCUGCUGCCCAGAAGUUUAUGAGGAAUGCUAUUGCUAAGUCUUCGCGUUCUAUUGAUGAAUCCCUCAGAGCAAGUUAUCGCAGUGGGAGCCCCGGAUUGAGCACUCCUAAAAGUGGGAGAAGUAUGUCUAGGUUGGGAAGAGAUGACAGCGUAGGUUCCAAGUCGCCUUCUGUAAGAGAAGGCUCUGAUCCACCGUGGUAAUCCGGUCUCUACGUCUUCACUUCUUGAGUUCUUCUAUUGUUACUAGAGGCAAUGAUCUUACCGUAUGCUAGUAGUUGUCUAUCAAAAUUAUGGGGCCUUGAUUCAAAUAGUGAAGAAGAUUAGCUCUUCAAUUUGUUGUCCUUCUAUGUUUAUUUGAUAGGUCUCUAUCAUUACAUUUGCCUUUUCAUGUUGUAAAAUGACGAGUGUUAUGCAAUGCAAUAACCUUGAUUGCCAAAA